ACAUAACCCCACUUUUCAGUUUACCAAACUUUGUUUAAAAUGCAGUUUGUUUAAUUUUUAAAAGCUUUUUUCCCAUUUUUUUAGGGUUUACCGUUAACAUGAUCUAAUGUGGCGGUAAAAAACGAUCGAAUUUCACAUUUAAUCCAGGAAUUUCGGCCACUUUGUUUGACAAAUACUGUUAUUUCGAAGAAAUAGUCUCAGCAUGAGAGCCCAAACAUUUAAAAACCUGGAUGUUUUCUUGAUACUUGUAGGGGUGAAGCUUUUGUCUGUUGUUGUAGUGCAAACAUACUUCGUGCCCGAUGAGUAUUAUCAAUCUUUGGAAGUGGCACACAAGUUUGCUUUCGGAUAUGGACAUCUCACUUGGGAAUGGCACCAAGGUAUCCGAAGCUAUGCCUACCCAUUAAUCUUUAGCGCUUUUUAUAAAAUUAUGAAGGUUCUUCGAUUGGAUACACCAGUAGCAGUGAUAUUUGUACCGAGAGUAGCUCAAGCUUUACUAAGUGCUUACGCUGAUCUAUGCUUCUAUAAAUGGUCGGGAACUAAAAAGUGGGCUGUGUUCAUAAUAUCUACGUCCUGGUUUUGGUUCUACACCAGCUCCAGGACCCUUAUUAACACUUUCGAGACUUGCCUCACUGUUAUAGCCCUUUCAAAAUUUCCUUGGAUUGGUUCAAAAGAAGAACCUUCCAGUAGUUUCAUAUGGCUAGUGUCAACAUUGUUCUUUAUAAGGCCUACUAGUGCAAUAAUGUGGUUCCCAUUGUGUUUAUAUCAUAUUGCUAUAUCUGAAAAAAGUGGAGUGAGGCUACUGAUCUCAAGAUAUAUUCCUAUUAGCCUAAUUGUUCUGGUAUUAUCAACACUGCUGGACAGUCUUGCCCAUGGUUCUUUUAUAGUAACAACAUUUAAUUUUAUGAAGGCAAAUAUAUGGCAAAACGUAGGGACACACUAUGGGACAAUGCCGUGGCAUUGGUACCUUUCAAUAGGGCUCCCCGCAGUCCUAGGAGUAUUAAUUUUGCCAUUUUUAAUGGCAGUUUUGGUAAUUUUAAAGCAGAGAAGCAACCAUCCUAAUGAGCUAGCCAUGCUUGGAACAAUUGUGUUUUCCAUUCUUAUUCUUAGUUUUUUGGCACACAAAGAGUUCCGGUUCGUUUUACCACUGUUGCCGAUCAUCGCGUUUAUUGCCUCCAGGUUUCUAUCUGCUUGGAGUAGAAAGGCCAGCAUGUGGAGAAUUUGGAUGGUUUCAAUUAUAAUUUUUGUUAGCAAUGCCUUCCCUGCUUACUAUAUGGGAGUUAACCAUCAGAGGGGCACCAUUGAUGUCAUGCAAGGACUUAGGGAAAUAGCAGUGAAGGAUCCUGAAAAUGUUAGUUUUCUGUUUUUAAUGCCUUGCCACUCUACGCCCCUUUACAGCCAUCUCCACAUGAACGUUUCCACCAGGUUUUUAACGUGCAAUCCGAACUUAAAUAAAAUCUCAAACUACAAAGAUGAAGCCGAUCAUUUUUAUAUGAAUCCUAAUAAUUGGUUAAGGCAACAUUAUCCUCCUAAUAAGCCGUUGCCUUCUCAUAUAAUUUGCUUUGAUAAUUUGGUGCCAGUGAUUGGGAAUGAUAUAUUAACCAGGUAUGAAAGAGUAAAGCAGUACUUCCACUGUGACAUAUCUGUCAGUCCAAGGAUCGGCAAUUACGUUUUAAUACACGAACGUAGCGAUUUUGAUAUAGAGUGGACGACUUAAAAAGAAUACAUUAAUUUGCUUUUUUUGGUUAAUUUUUGACUGACACAUGGUUUGUUCAUUAAGUAAUUUUUAGUAUUUUAUUUAUUAAUAUUUAAUUGUACGGUGUGGUGUGUUUAGUUUUAUUAUGGUACAAACUAUUUGGUAGUAUUACCAAAAAUGCUCAAUAAAUGUUGUCCAUUUUCAUAUAUUAUAA